AUAUCCACUUAAUUUUUAUUCCGUUUUAUGACUUGCUGUACAGAGAACUUUGCGAGGCAAGCCUCAAGAAUGGCCAAUCUAUUUAGCUUUUCCUAAAGCGAUCAAGCUAUAGCUAUGGGUGAAAUAUAACAGUAACUGCGAUUGGCGAAUAAGUUGUUUUGAAACCGCCCUAACGGCAAGGGGCGGGCCUUCGGUGAAUUAAUCUACUUCCGGUUUCAGAAAGGCAACAGGAAAGACGAGGGUUGGCCGACCUCUUUCCGCCGCAUUUGAUUGGUUGUAGUGAUUUUACCCGCUUGGCCUCCGCGAGGGGCGUGAGAUGAAGACCAGUUAGAAUGUGUUUUACAGAGUCUGAGGGAAGGACGGCUCGGAGAGAGACUGGACGGCCAUUCUGAGAGCUCAUUGCUAAUUGCUCCAAGUCGUUGCUCCCUUUCCUUCAUUUGACUGUACCGCAGCUGGCGCGCGGACGCUACCCAAUCAGUGCUUGCUCCGCCUCUUGCCUUUUCCCGCCCUCCGCUUUGGCCGCGACUUCAACGUAGGCUAACGCUUCCUCUUAGGCAGCUCCUGAGCCCUCUUACUACCGUUCUUUGAAAGCCACACUGUGAUUGGCUUGGUUCUCGGGCCCGCGCCCGUUGCCCCAUGCGCUGACCAAUUGAGACUCGUUUUACGUCGUACUGUACGGGCAAGGGGGAGGAGGCGGCGGCGGCCAUUUUGAGCGCCGCCGCCAUUGGAGUGGCCCCCCCCUUCUCCCCCUUCGCCUCCUGACAGGCAAGGUUUAGGGGGGACAGAGCCCUGGGAGGCCGGGCCGGGCUCGGGGGCCGCCCCGGGGGCCCGGGCCAUGGAUGUGCGUCGCCUGAAGGUGAACGAACUUCGCGAGGAGCUGCAGCGCCGCGGCCUGGACACUCGCGGCCUGAAGGCCGAGCUUGCUGAGCGGUUGCUGGCGGCGCUAGAGGCCGAGGAGCCCGAAGACGAACGGGAGCUCGAGGCUGACGACGAACCGGGGUUACCUGGGCACAACAACGAGGAGGUCGAGACCGAGGGGGGCUCCGAGCUGGAGGGGACCGCGCAGCCACCGCCGCCCGGGCUGCAGCCGCACCCGGAGCCCGGCGGCUACUCGGGGCCGGACGGACAUUAUGUCAUGGACAAUAUUACCAGACAGAACCAAUUCUACGAGACACCGGUCAUCAAGCAAGAAAAUGAGUCUGUCUAUGAUAGGAGACCACUAGACAUGGAGCCACCACAGCAAGCAUAUCGCCCAGUAGAACUGAAGACAGAAACGAAGCAGGAAGCCCCACCCAGCUUCCUCCCCCCUGAAGCCUCGCAGCUCAAGACAGACAGGCCACAGUUCCAGAAUCGAAAGAGGCCUUUUGAGGAGAAUCGAGGCCGUGGGUACUUCGAGCACCGAGAGGACCGAAGGGGCCGUUCUCCUCAGCCUCCUGCUGAAGAGGAUGAAGAUGACUUUGAUGACACCCUUGUUGCUAUUGACACAUAUAACUGUGACCUGCACUUCAAAGUGGCCCGAGACCGGAGUAGUGGCUAUCCAUUGACAAUCGAGGGCUUUGCAUACCUAUGGUCAGGAGCCCGUGCCAGCUAUGGAGUCAGAAGGGGGCGAGUGUGUUUUGAAAUGAAGAUCAAUGAGGAAAUCUCCGUGAAGCACCUUCCAUCUACAGAGCCUGACCCCCACGUUGUCCGUAUUGGCUGGUCCUUGGACUCUUGCAGCACUCAGCUAGGUGAAGAGCCUUUUUCCUAUGGUUAUGGAGGCACAGGGAAGAAGUCUACCAAUAGCCGCUUUGAAAACUACGGAGACAAAUUUGCAGAGAACGAUGUGAUUGGCUGCUUUGCGGACUUCGAAUGUGGGAAUGAUGUGGAGCUUUCUUUUACCAAGAAUGGCAAGUGGAUGGGCAUUGCCUUCCGAAUCCAGAAAGAAGCUUUAGGGGGUCAGGCCCUCUACCCUCACGUCCUGGUGAAGAAUUGUGCUGUGGAAUUUAACUUUGGGCAGAGAGCAGAGCCCUACUGUUCUAUUCUCCCAGGGUUCACAUUCAUCCAGCACCUUCCCCUCAGUGAGCGGAUACGGGGCACCAUUGGACCAAAGAGCAAAGCAGAGUGUGAGAUUCUGAUGAUGGUAGGCCUGCCUGCUGCCGGCAAGACCACAUGGGCCAUCAAGCACGCAGCCUCCAACCCUUCCAAGAAGUACAACAUUCUGGGUACCAAUGCCAUCAUGGAUAAGAUGCGGGUAAUGGGCCUGCGUCGGCAGCGGAACUAUGCUGGCCGCUGGGAUGUCCUGAUCCAGCAGGCCACUCAGUGCCUCAACCGUCUUAUUCAGAUCGCUGCCCGCAAGAAACGGAACUAUAUCCUAGAUCAGACAAAUGUUUAUGGGUCAGCCCAGAGGCGGAAAAUGAGACCAUUUGAAGGCUUCCAGAGGAAAGCUAUUGUGAUCUGUCCCACUGAUGAGGACCUAAAAGACCGCACCAUAAAGCGAACUGACGAAGAAGGAAAAGAUGUCCCGGAUCAUGCAGUCUUAGAAAUGAAAGCUAACUUUACUUUGCCUGAUGUUGGAGACUUCCUGGAUGAGGUUCUGUUCAUUGAGCUCCAGCGAGAGGAAGCAGACAAGCUGGUGAGGCAGUAUAACGAGGAAGGCCGGAAGGCCGGCCCACCCCCUGAAAAGCGCUUUGACAACAGAGGUGGUGGCUUCCGAGGCCGUGGGGGUGGCGGCAGUUUCCAGCGUUAUGACAACCGAGGCCCUCCUGGAGGCAACCGAGGAGGCUUCCAGAACCGCGGAGGUGGUGGUGGCAGUGGUGGCGGAGGAGGCAACUACCGAGGAGGUUUCAACCGCAGCGGAGGUGGUGGCUACAACCAGAACCGCUGGGGUAACAACAACCGGGAUAACAACAACUCCAACAACCGAGGCAGCUAUAACCGGGCUCCUCAGCAACAGCCACCACCACAACAGCCACCACCACCACAGCCACCACCUCAGCAACCACCGCCACCACCUAGCUAUAGCCCUGCUCGGAACCCUCCGGGAGCCAGCAGCUACAACAAAAACAGCAACAUCCCUGGCUCCAGCGCCAAUACCAGCACCCCUACAGUGAGCAGCUACAGCCCUCCACAGCCGAGUUACAGCCAGCCGCCCUACAACCAAGGAGGAUACACCCAGGGCUACACAGCCCCACCACCUCCACCUCCACCGCCACCUGCCUACAACUAUGGGAGCUAUGGCCCCUACAAUCCUGCCCCCUAUACCCCACCACCACCCCCCACUGCCCAGACCUACCCUCAGCCCAGCUAUAACCAGUAUCAGCAGUAUGCCCAGCAGUGGAGCCAGUACUAUCAGAACCAGAGCCAGUGGCCACCUUACUACGGGAACUACGACUACGGAGGCUACUCGGGCAGCACGCAGGGGGGCACAAGCACACAGUAGCAGGUGCUGGAGCCUCCAGAGGCUCAUGCUGGCUGCUUCCACUAGCACCUGCCUUGGCCCCUUUCCCCUCUGAGUCCUGUGGUGCUGGGGACAGAGUUAUCCCGGGGCUGCCUCUCUCUAGCCCACUUCUUCCAGAGGGGCUUCUCCCUUCAUACAGCCAGGCAUUUUCCUCUCUGGAUUCAAACAGGCAACAGUGACCUUUUCUUUUAUCUUUGUCCCCUCCACUUCCUCCUCUCCCUGCCUUUUUAACUAAAGAAUCCCUCCCUUGGUUACCCAGUGAGCCCACAGUGACUGGGGAGGAUGCCUGUCUGCCCCUCCCUACUCUGCUUUUUAGCCCCUUGGCUUCCCAGACUCUCAUGCAGUUGGUUGUAAAUUCUUCCAGGAGCUGUUUUACUGUCUACUUUUCGGGAUUUAAAAAAAUUUUCAAAAACCUUAAAAAAAAAAAAGUUUAAGAAGCAAAAUGCAGAGGGAGGAAGCAGUGACUUUUUUUUUGGUAAUUAUGCUUUUUUUUUUAAUUUUUAGAAUUUGUCUGUUUUUACUGUGGGUCAGCCGUUGAUACUUCAUCAAAUAACCAUUUCUUUGCUGAGUUCAGGUAACCGAGGAAGAGCCACACCCUCGAAACAAACAACAAAAUCACCUUUAACCUACCUUUUUAUAUGAUGCCUCAGUUUCCUGUAACUCUGCACACAAGCGUCUGUUCAGUUGGAUUGUAACUGCUUUUUGUACUUGGAGAGAGUGUGACUAUUGAACUUGAAACCUUUUACUCCAGGAGUCUUGGUAGUUUCUGGUGGGCUUAAGCGGGGGAGAGGGUGAAGGGAAGGUGGGGGCGGGGCCAGCUUCCUUGUAGACCCUAAAGUUCCUCCUCCGUCACCACCUCCAUUGCUCCUCCAUGUGCCAGACCUCCAGAGUUUUACAGUGGUCCUUUUGAUUAGUCUCAUUUCCCCUUUACCUGAAUGUUCUAACCGGACUUUAGCAAACUGCACUUAUUAAGAGAUGUUUUACCCUGUUUUGUUUUCUUUCAAUAAAUGACAUGGCACCUCUUAUCAGGAAGGAA